AUUUCUGUUUGAACUGCUGGCCAGGGCGAAACGUUUUGAAAGAUGCCAACCUCAGCUGAUAGUGUGUUCGUCACCCGGUCGGAUGGCAUUUCCGCCGAAGGAGUGCGCGAUCAAUAUGCUGAUGGUAAAGCAGCUAAAGUGUGGGAGAUUUUCAUCGGUGAUAAGAACUCUCGCACGGACAACUACAAGAACUUCUUGGUCGACUUGUUGCGCAAGAAGGGCUGCAAGCGCAUCCUGGAUGUGGCAUGCGGCACGGGUGUUGACUCCAUAAUGCUGCUGGAAGAGGGCUUUGAGGUGACUUCCGUUGAUGCCUCCGAUAAAAUGUUGAAAUACGCUCUGAAGGAGCGCUGGAAUCGUCGCAAGGAGGCUGCCUUUGACAAUUGGACCAUUGAGGAGGCAAAUUGGCUAACCCUGUACGAUGACAUUCGGGAACAUCGUCAGGCUGGCUUCGAUGCCGUCAUUUGCCUCGGCAAUUCCUUUGCCCAUUUGACCGACAGCUUUGGUGAUCAGCGUGAACACAAGCAAGCCAUCAAGAACUUUGAGAAAUGCUUAAAGCCCGGUGGCAUUCUGCUGAUAGACCAUCGCAAUUAUGAUAACAUCCUGGAGACUGGCGCUACACCCGCUAAGAGCAUUUACUAUAACACAAGCCAUACGGCGGACAUAAAAACAUCCGUUUUGUUCUAUUGCGGCAAGCCAGUUCUGGUUUCCAUGGACUAUCAGAUCGAGGGUAACAAGCUGGCCAGCGAGUUCCGUCUUUCCUAUUUUCCGCAUGAGCUGAAACGCUUCACGGAUAUCCUUCGAGAAAUCUUUGGCAGCCAGUCCAAACAUAAACUCUUUGGUGAUUUUAAGGAAAUGAAUGUCGUGGAGAAUCCCGCAUUCUAUAUACAUCUGAUUGAGAAGCCCACUAAGGUUUAAGUUCCUUACAUUUUAUGUGUUGCCACGCACAAUUUUCGUAUUUUCACACACACAAAUACAAAUACAAAUUUAGUUCUAUUUAGAGAAA